CUGGCCCCUUCCCCCAGCCAGUUUGCAACUGCCCGUGGCAGGGAAGAGGUCCCUGUUCCUACACCAAGCUGUGAGACAUCCAAGUUUGGAAACCCCAGAACCAUGCAGGGUCUCGGGACCCUGUGUCUGCUGCUGACCACCUGCCUGGCUGCGAGGGCUGAGGAUACGCUAACACUACCAGACAUCCAGACUCAGGAGAACUUUGAUGAGUCCCGGAUGUAUGGAAAAUGGUUCAACCUGGUAGUGGGCUCCACCUGCCCAUGGCUAAGGCGGUAUAAGCACAAGCUGAGCGUGAGCACACUGGUGUUGCAAGAGGGGGCGACAGAAGCAGAGCUCAGCAUGACCAGCACCCAGUGGCGGAGAGGUGUGUGCGAGGAGGUCUCCGGGUCGUAUGAGAAGACAGACAUGGAUGGAAAGUACCUUUACCACAAAUCCAAAUGGAACAUAACUUUGGAAUCCUACGUGGUCCACACCAACUAUGACGAGUAUGCCAUUUUCCUUACCAAGAAGUCCAGCCACCGCCAUGGACCCACCAUCACUGCCAAGCUCUAUGGCCGGACGCCACAGCUGAGGGACAGUCUUCUGCAGGAGUUCAGGGAGGUAGCCCUGAGUGUGGGUAUCCCUGAGAACGCCAUUGUUGUUCUGGCUGACAGAGGGGAAUGCAUCCCUGGAGAUCGGGAGGUACAGCCCACUUCACAGCUGAGAGCCCGGCGGGCAGUGUUGCCCCAAGAAAGUGAGGGAUCAGGGGUUGAGCCAGUGGUAACUGGGAUCCUCAAGAAAGAAGAUUCCUGCCAGCUCAGCUACUCAGAAGGUCCCUGCCUAGGGAUGUAUCAGAGGUAUUACUACAAUGGCACUUCCAUGGCCUGUGAGACCUUCCAAUACGGGGGCUGCCUAGGCAAUGGCAACAACUUUAUCACAGAGAAGGAGUGUCUGCAGACAUGCCGGACGAUAGCGGCUUGCAAUCUCCCCAUAGUCCAAGGCCCCUGCCGAGGCUAUGCAGAGCUCUGGGCAUUUGAUGCAGAGCAAGGGAAGUGCAUCCAAUUCAUCUACGGGGGUUGCAAAGGCAACGGCAACAAGUUCUACUCUGAGAAGGAGUGCAAGGAAUACUGUGGAGUCCCUGGUGAUGGAGGAGCUAACACCAGCUGAAGAUGCCAGUCUACAAGCCACAGGGUAGCCACUGUCCAUCC